AUGGAUUAUGAACAGCUCGGACGCACCAAUUCCGGAACAGAAUGCCCCUUUGAGGGUUCUGUCGGUCUUCCCGACUCCUCCGUCUUCUCGGCCUCAAUGCUACCUAACCUAACGUUGGACGCUGGGCUCUCGUGGGCCACGGAGAUACCCUGCAUAGUGUCUGGCAUCCACAAUGACGCUCCAACUGCCCAGCAACCCAACCUUCCCCCAGGGCCAUUGAGGCGGAUGGCCGAAGGACAUAUUGACAACGGCAAGUUCGACCUCGAGGUGCAAAUUUUGCCUCAAUGCAUUCGUCUCUACGCUCACAGCAGGAAUGACCGCAGCGUUCACGGAUUUCGCGAUGGCCAUUACCCGAUGUACCAAAUGGCCAGAGGGAGAACAUUCGAAAAACGUGAAGCACGCCAUGCCACUCGAGCUUGCCCGGUCAACAUUUUCGACAGUGGCCCCGUCGUAGCACGCAGCCUCGCUUCGAUGCAACCGGAUACCGUAAACCAACCUUCAAGCAAUGCAGAAUCUUGUGGACAAAGGCAGCUACCGCUGCUCCAAUCACUGUUCCUGGUCCGCGCCAAAGCCUUCGGCCCGCUUCGGAGGGCAAGGCGAAACCUGAAGACCCAUGGUUUCGUCCCAUCCGCCCGCAACUCCCGGCGACAGGUGAAGCAGGAGUCGAUCGUCAGUGAUGUUAACGAAAGAACCCAUUACCACGGCACUGAGUCUGCAGAAACUGAGUUGCAGCUUUUGCCAAUGCCCACUCCCACUUACCCCAAUGGAUUGCCCAAGGAAUGGAAAGGUCGACACACUGCAGACGUCGAAGGGUCUGGACCACCAGGUCAGGCUCCACAGCAGCUCCAAAUGGGGGGUGCACCGUGGUGA